AAUUGACUUGUGCGGCCAAAACUUCUCAGGCCUAGUAUACAAAAACGAGUACUAAAGUUUCUUAAAAAUGCAAAAAACAAAAAAAAAACAUAUCACAUAAAAAUACUUUGCCGUGAAAUAUAAAUACAAAAUAAGUAUGAAGAAGAAAAUAUUUAUUCAACCAAAAACACAAUUUAAUGUGUAUAUUCGCACGUAUAUGCUGUCUAAAUUUCCAACAAUGGAAAAAGAAAAUUUCUGCACACGGAUAUGUCUUCUCACCUAGGAUCAGCCACUUGCCGAUAAAAUAUAAGAAAUUGCCUAGACAUAAAAAAACGCACACGAAAAAUUGGAUGCAACCGAACAAAGAUCGUAUUUCAAAAACCAUGAAUAGCUCUGCUUACGAUGCAAAUGUGGUGCAUCAUGAACAUUCUGCAGUUCAGCAUCAGACACCCUCCGGACAUCCAGCACAUCGCCCAAAUAUUGUACCAGCUCUCAGUAGCUUUUACCAUACUCAUGCUUCGUCAAUACCAAUAUCUUCGCAGCAGCAAACUGCUCAAUUACAACUCACUGCCAUUAAUACGGGCGGAAACAAUAGGAGUCAAGUUACCUCAAAUUCUCCGCCAGUUGCUGCUCAAGCUGCUGCCCUUUUCGAUCCUCGUCAAGUGCAUCUGGCCAAUGCUUUGGAGAAGACAUUCUUUAACACAUCUGCCGCAGGUAUGCAAACAUCUGGCCAGAGGUUUUAUAGUGGGGUGCCGUCAACUGUGGCAGCAUCUGGUGGCACAAAUCCAGUUAAUCAAAUAACGCAACAGCAGCACCAUCACCAUCAACAAGGGAAUACAAUUCUAAUAACAAAUAACUUUUCUGCUCAUCAAUACGGAACCGCAACUCCUCAGGUAGCAGAAGUUUCGGCACGUGCAACAACCGGUAUUGUUGGUGGUGUUGCGCCAGCAGUGACAACUGCUACUGGUAGUUAUAAUAAUGGAAACGCUGGUAAUAUUCGCAUUAUAACCACGCUUCCAAGUACAUUACAUCACCAACAGCAGCAGCAAAUAUAUAAUAUUGCAAAAGAGGUUGAAGCUACUGUGCGCGACGAUAUAAUUCAACUGCCCCAAUUUUACCAUACACCACAUCAGCAAUCGUCAACUUAUGCACAGCAUUUGCCAACAAUAUUACCAACACAUUACACACAACAACAAUUUGUCGCAACAACAACUGCUCCCACCUCUUUGCAGAUAUCACAAGAUGACACCCAGCAACAGCACCAAUUUUUUAUGUCGAUGGCAAAUGACGGUGAGAGUGCAUCAGCUUCAUCAGCAACUCUUACAGCUAUCCCUAAGCUAAUACCGACACUUACUGGAGAAGCCACCACUAGUACUGAUGCAGUCACAACUUCACCAACAAUUAUUACUUCUCCAGCGACCACCACAAAUUCAAACUCAACUCUUGUUUUGGAUCGUAUUAAUAUCUGUAUAAAUAACCAUUACAGCGAUUCUUUAGCCGCUAAUAAUGGUUUAUCAACUACAACUUUAGAUUCGAACGCAACAACAACAACCGCCGCAAUAACACCAGUCGCUCAUACAUUUCCAAUGGCUACGCAUGCACCGCAACAGCCAUCCCCAAUUAUACCAGCUAUUCAUCACAAAGUCUUGCUGGAUUCAGUUGGUGGUGGUGGGGGUAAUGGGGGAUUACAUACCGAUUCUUACGCUAGCAACGAUUCCACCUUAGUCAUCGACGAACCGGACUCUACCACUACAACUCCGCAUACUCCACCCACGGCUACAGAAAAUAAUUCACCACCCCCACGGACCUUGAAUUUAUCCUCUACAAGAACAACAGUUCCACCACAAUCAAUGACAACACAAAAUGUAAUUGGGGAUACAGUUGUUGGUGGAAAAGAAAACUAUAUAGUAUCACCAACAACAGUUUGUAUACCUACAAUAAAGGCAUUAGUAAAUAAAGAGCCGGACAAAGCUAUAACGUGUCCACCUGGUCAUACAUUUACUACAAUAACGCAAAGUAUCAAUCUGAUCGACGACGACGAAAGUGACUAUGCUAACAGUGACGUGGAUAAUGGCACAGAAACUGAAAGAGUUGAAAACACUGAGGACGCAGUUGACAAUGUAAUUGAGGAAAUAGAAGGCAAUGAGGUGGAUCUUUCAACUCCGGAGAAAAUUUGCCUCAAAAACAAUACCAAAUCUGAUAGAACGGUAUCUCCAAGUCUUAUUUCAAAAGCGCAUGCCUUUGGUGGUUUGCACGACUCGAGUAGAGAAACUGAUAUGAAAGAAUUGAAAUUGGAUUAUCCCCAGGCGCCCAUACCGGUAAAAAUACUUCAAACCGCUGCAGAUGGUACAGCUUCAUCAGUUGCUCUUAUGAAUCCAUCAAUUCCAACCACGUCGUUACCAUGUUUACAAGAUAGCUUGAGAGUUGAGAAAAAAGUGACAAACGCCCCAUUGGCAUCACCAGAGAUCUGUUUCUCAAUGGGCGAAGAUGUGUUUAUCCGCAAAGAUGAUGGCCGUCAGUAUCUGGGCACAGUGAUCGGCAGUAGUGCUGGUGGUGGAAUAAAUCAACCACGAAAAAUGCAGUAUUUGGUACGCUUCGAUGAUAAUUCAGAGUUAUGGUGCAGUACUAAGGAAAUGAGGCGGUUGGGUGGCAGUGGUGGAAUUGGUAACACACAAAUGUGUGUCGCUUGUAAGCGCACUCAGGAACAGGAUGUUGUCGAAACUUGUGACGAUUGCCGGCGAGGCUACCACCGUAAUUGUACAAGGGAAACAACACCAGGCAGUGGCGUGUGGUGGUGUCUGCGUUGCAGCAAACCCAUGAAGGAGCAACCACAUUGUACCAGCAAGUCUGUCUGUAAAUCACACCUGCAUCACAACAGGUGUUACAAGAACUCAUGUGAUGCUUCCAAGACCUCACCUUCUUCAGAAAAAAUUAAAACUCCGGCAGAUGUGUACGAAUUUCACAUUGAAGAUAACGAAAUAUUUACUUCAGAUGAUGAAAUUCCAAUUAAACAUAUCAUGGAAAAAGCACGCAAAAGCAGAGAUUCAGCACAGAAUUCCAAUGCCAGCAGUAUGAGACCGAAAACCAUAAAGAAGCUUAAAAGCUCCGAAGCUAUGUUGUGUGAAAAAAUUGCUGCUUUGGACGAUGAAAAUGCAAAUGAUGCGAACAGUGUUGGGAAAAUUCCAGAGGUGCCCCAGAAAGAAAAAGUGAAUGAUAAAGAUGGACUAAGUGGUAUACCAUCACAGUCAACCAAUUGUAUUACUAGUCUUAAACAAGGCACAGAAGAGAGUGAGGUGCACGGUAAAAUCAUUGAUAGUAUUCAUGGACCUAAAACUGUUUCAUCUGUAUAUAAUAAAGUGCCCUCAAUGGCAAUAGAGCGUAGUAGUCGCAAGCGCAAAGCCUUUACAUUAUCAAACUCGUAUAAAGAGAUCGCCGCUGAGGCGGCCUCAAAGCGUUACGACAGUAGCCGUAUCUGUGAUUCGUCAUCUGAUGAAAAUUCGUCAAGUAGCCGAGGCACGUCGCUAGAUGUCAUCAUACCGCCACCGAAAAAUUUUCUCGGUCUUAACAACCCUUUUCGAAUGGUGACGCCUAAAAAGAAUUUUUCUGCAUCAUAUGUAGGCGGAGCGUCUGCCGGAUGCAUGCAAAGAUUAUUAAAUUUUAAUUGUGGAGGCACAAUGAUUAAAAGCAGUAUUUUUAAUACAACCGCCUUGGAUUUUAGCUCCAAGUUGGCAGCGCUUAAAAGCGCGGGUAUAUUUCCAAACCUAAGUACAAGUAAUUUAGCCAAGGGUGCCGGACAGCCCCGGACAGUACGCACGAUUAAGCGAAGACUGAGUGCCAAAGAUAUAACAAUCGGCCCAAACCAGGAGGUGCGCAGACGACGAACUCGUCGCCUUUCCUCCAAUAUAGAGAUUAUUAGUACAACAACAAUAAAUCCCAUUCCUAGCAACUUUUUCCCUAUACAUGCCAAAGAUUUGUUUUCUACACAUACUCAACACACCACAACGUCUAGAAAUAUGUCAUCUAACAAACAGCAACACCAGCAGUCACAACAACAAGCAACUUCAGCAACAUCUGCAUCCGUUUCCUCAAUAUCGUCGCCAUCGUCGGCGUCCUCGUCACCACCUGGUUCCAUAACUUCGAGUGUAGAUUCGCAAGUAGAAGUCAUACCAUCGAUUAAACCAUCGCAUGGACGACGUUUGAGGCAGCGGCCACAAAAGAAUUCGCCGGUCAACAGUCGUCGCAGCUCAGUCUCAAGUGCGAGCACCGCGUCAUCGACAAAUUCCUCCAGCAACAUAACGUUGGCAACAUUGCAGCAACAACAGCAAGCUCUACACACCAAUAGCAAUAAAAAUACAAAUAAUAUGAGUGCCAGUGCGACUAGUAUGCAUGAUCUCAAACAAUCUGUAAAAGAGUAUUUUGGUGGCGCGCUGAAUCGCAUUGAAUCUGGCGAGCAUUUUUGCAUUCGUGCUAAACGGCAGUUGGCCAAUGGACAGAUGCAAUAUCUGAUUGAAUGGGGUGAUGUAGCUGCGUUGCCACAGCAAGGACCAACAACGCAUGCAUCCAUCGCAUGCCCGACGUCUACAACUGUAACGCUAAAAAACGAUCAUUAAAUAUUAGAAUUUCUCACAGACGCGUUUUUUUGUUUUUUGUAAAACUUGUUAGACGUGGCGCAAAAAGUUGUAGAAUCCAUCUAUUCAAAUAUCGAAGUCGUACAUAAAAAUCAAAUGGCUAGCUCUUAUAUAUACGUAUGGAUAUGUGGUCAUUCGGCUUCCUGUUAUUUUUUGUUUUUAUUAUUAUUUUUAUUUUUGCAAUGUUGCGUUUAUUGCGCUUUUCGUCUACAAAUUUUCGGCACGCAAGUUGUGGAGAAUGCUAAUUGUAAGAAAAGCAUUACAAUAUUCUUAAGUUUUUACAUUAAUUUAUAUUAUUAGUGCAGACUGUUUUAUAGUAAAAUUAAGUCUCAAUCACGUUAAUUGGCUGUUAUUUUAAUUCCAAUAACUUAAAAACAAAAAGUACAUGGGCAAAAAUUUUUACAAAAAUAAAAAUUUAUUUGCUUAAAAUUUCCUGUCUGUUUGCACUAAGUAAUUAAUAUGACAUAUUUUGGGCUUAGCAUUGUAAUAAUCCAAAAAAAUUAUUUAGGGUUGCAGUUUUAAGAAUCUAUUGAGCGUAUUUCAUCGCCGUCUUCAAAACCUUGGGAGAACACGUGUCGAUCAGAUAAGUGUUUGACUAUAUAAAUCAAUCUAAUGCGAGGAUUAUUGUAACAUUAUGCUUAACAUGGCUGAUAUUUUGUUAAUUCUCAUUAAAUAUAUGUAGAUACUUAUUUAGCAUAACUUGCUAGUUUGCAUAACCAGCGUUGAACUAAUUUCAUAUUUUGAAUAAUAACAAUAUCAGUGUCCAUUAUUUUAUAUCCAAGUCUUUGUAAUUUUAUUUAUUAGCUCUCGCUUCACUGCCAGUUUUAAGAUAAAAUAAUAUUACCAAUAUUAAAACAUAAAUGUAUCUAUGCUCUAUAAAACUUUUUAAACAUUAUACAGGUUUGAAUGUGCAAUGGCUGAACUAGUAAUAAAUAUAUACUUAUACGUAUAAAUUCUCUUAAUAAAUGUACGCACUAACAAUAAGUAAACCCUACACAAUUUGAAUGGAAUUCAAGGCUCAAAUUAGCCAAAAGCAAAGCGAACUGAAUAUAAUACUGAGCUUCACAAGUUGUGUUGAAUUUCAUAGUUUAGAUUUCUGAUACUUUAUAUGUACUAGCUUAAGUAAAUAUGGUUGCGUGAAUUUGUAGCCGAUUCCAUAUGCGUAGCGCACUAUUCAUUGCAGUAAAUUAUUACCAACAUUUUCAUUGAAUAAUUUUUGUUUUUUUUUUAGAUUAAUGAUUUUGCUAAAUGAAAGAAAUUGUACAUACUAUUUAAAUCGAAGUCUGGAUAUAUGUAGUUUAAAAACUGUACUGUUAUUUUCAGGUUAAACA